ACCCUAAAUCUCAGCUUUUCAUACAUAGUCAUUUCCAUUGCCGUCACAAAGCAGAGAGAGAGAGAGAGAGAGAGAGAGAGAGAGAGGAUGAAGUUCAAUCCUAGGGUUUCAAGUAGCCGGCGCAAGAGCCGCAAGGCUCAUUUCACGGCGCCGUCGAGCGUCCGUCGCGUCCUGAUGAGCGCGCCUCUCUCAGGCGACCUCCGAUCGAAGUACAACGUGCGGUCCAUGCCGGUUCGUAAGGACGACGAAGUUCAGGUGGUGAGGGGAACCUACAAGGGUCGCGAGGGCAAAGUAGUCCAAGUCUAUCGCCGCAAGUGGGUCAUCCACAUUGAACGCAUCACUCGCGAGAAGGUUAACGGUUCCACCGUGAACGUCGGCAUUCACCCUUCGAAGGUUGUCAUCACCAAGCUUCGAAUGGAUAAGGAUCGCAAAUCUUUGCUCGAUCGCAAGGCUAAGGGUCGUGCCGCUGCUGAUAAGGAAAAGGGUACCAAGUUCGCUCCUGAAGAUAUUAUGCAAACCGUUGAUUAGGUCAUCUUUAUUUUCCCUCUAUAGUUUUUUUAUUACUGCUACCUUUGUUAUCGUUAUUGUCAUCGGAACUUGGAUUCGGUUAUUAGUGUUGUGUCGGUUUUUUGUUAAUUGGUAUUUUGAGGGUCUCUUGGUUUGGAUCUUCACGGUUCCAGUAUUUUGAGGCCUUUCUGUUUUGUUUAAUUUAAUGAAAUGUUUGACAUUAUUACUGGCAAUGUUAUCUGCUUUUAGAUAGUUUUAGCUGUUUUGUCACUGUCUUGAGUCUUUGCUGGUGAGAUUGGUCAAUGUUAUACUUGAUAUGGUAUUCAAUGUGAUUGAACUAUCAUUAGCACACUCUUGUAGAUUGUGAUGCAGAUAGAGGAUGUUCACGAGUGAUUAUUUUAGUCUUAAAUUUGCUCGCCGAUGCAAGGAGCACGUUGAGGGGUGCCUCGAGACAUGGGAUCAUUAUGCCUGUUUUCACAAUGUUAUUUGCUUGGACUUCAAUAUGUUUGGUUUACUUCCCAUAAUCUUACUUUGAUGUCCUAUAUCAGGUGUUUUAAUUGCGUGGGAUGUUUACUCCCUUGAUCGACUUAACUAAUCGAGUAAUUUGAAAGUGUUUAAUUACUAUUAUUGUGCAAACUUUUCAUAUUAUUUGAAAUCGAGCAUCUUCACUAAUGAGCAAAUG